UUGUCUGCUGUAUAAGCAUGUGGCGAUGGACAGGUUGAGCUCUGUGCUGGGCUCGCAGGGCCAGUUCUCCAGCCGGAGGAGACGCAGGAGGAGACAGGCCCGUGUACGCCGGCCCACACCAGACCACCCUGACAUGGCCUCUCUCACCGGGAGACAGGUGGGUCUAGUUCUGGGGCUUUGCUGAGGCCUCGCUCACUCACACACACACACACACACACACACUCGCACACAUACACACGCACGCUUGCACAUACGCACACACACAAACAUGCUCACAAACAUACUUUUUGUUGGUAUGAUUAGGAUAGUUUAUCGCUAAAAAACUAUUUUAUAGUUUGACGGUAUAUUUAUAGUGUGACACUGGGAGAAUGUAUCUGAGCUCCCCUAUGUCUGUGUGUGUCCUGUAGGCCCAGUUACAGCUGAACCUGCGUGUGUCUCGCCCCGGUCCCUACAUCCUGGUCCUGGAGUAUGCCAGCGAGGUGGACACAGUCCAGAACGUCAACCUCAUCAUCAUUGGCCAAUCAGAGAGCCAGAUCCAGGCCAGAGCCAACAUCUACAGCUGCCAAUACAGGUUUGUGUGUUUACUAUAUGUGUGUGUAUGCAUGAGUGCAUAAUUCAUUCCUUUCCUUCUUGAACACAAGAUAUUGUUUUUAUACACUGCUCAAAAAAAUAAAGGGAACACUAAAAUAACACAUCCUAGAUCUGAAUGAAUGAAAUAAUCUUAUUAAAUACUUUUUUCUUUACAUAGUUGAAUGUGCUGACAACAAAAUCACACAAAAAUUAUCAAUGGAAAUCAAAUGUAUCAACCCAUGGAGGUCUGGAUUUGAAAUUAAAGUGGAAAACCACACUACAGGCUGAUCCAACUUUGAUGUAAUGUCCUUAAAACAAGUCAAAUGAGGCUCAGUAGUGUGUGUGGCCUCCACGUGCCUGUAUGACCUCCCUACAACGCCUGGGCAUGCUCCUGAUGAGGUGGCGGUUGGUCUCCUGAGGGAUCUCCUCCCAGACCUGGACUAAAGCAUCCGCCAACUCCUGGACAGUCUGUGGUGCAACGUGGCGUUGGUGGAUGGAGCGAGACAUGAUGUCCCAGAUGUGCUCAAUUGGAUUCAGGUCUGGGGAACGGGCGGGCCAGUCCAUAGCAUCAAUGCCUUCCUCUUGCAGGAACUGCUGACACACUCCAGCCACAUGAGGUCUAGCAUUGUCUUGCAUUAGGAGGAACCCAGGGCCAACCGCACCAGCAUAUGGUCUCACAAGGGGUCUGAGGAUCUCAUCUCGGUACCUAAUGGCAGUCAGGCUACCUCUGGCGAUCACAUGGAGGGCUGUGCGGCCCCCCAAAGAAAUGCCACCCCACACCAUGACUGACCCACCGCCAAACCGGUCAUGCUGGAGGAUGUUGCAGGCAGCAGAACGUUCUCCACAGCGUCUCCAGACUCUGUCACGUCUGUCACAUGUGCUCAGUGUGAACCUGCUUUCAUCUGUGAAGAGCACAGGGCGCCAGUGGCGAAUUUGCCAAUCUUGGUGUUCUCUGGCAAAUGCCAAAUGUCCUGCACGGUGUUGGGCUGUAAGCACAACCCUCACCUGUGGACGUCGGGCCCUCAUACCACCCUUAUGGAGUCUGUUUCUGACCGUUUGAGCAGACACAUGCACAUUUGUGGCCUGCUGGAGGUCAUUUUUCAGGGCUCUGGCAGUGCUCCUCCUGCUCCUCCUUGCACAAAGGCGGAGGUAGCAGUCCUGCUGCUGGGUUGUUGCCCUCCUACGGCCUCCUCCACAUCUCUUGAUGUACUGGCCUGUCUCCUGGUAGCGCCUCCAUGCUCUGGACACUAGGCUGACAGACACAGCAAACCUUCUUGCCACAGCUCGCAUUAAUGUGCCAUCCUGGAUGAGCUGCACUACCUGAGCCACUUGUGUGGGUUGUAGACUCCGUCUCAUGCUACCACUAGAGUGAAAGCACCGCCAGCAUUCAAAAGUGACCAAAACAUCAGCCAGGAAGCAUAGGAACUGAGAAGUGGUCUGUGGUCACCACCUGCAAAACCAGUCCUUUAUUGGGGGUGUCUUGCUAAUUGCCUAUAAUUUCCACCUGUUGUCUAUUCCAUUUGCACAACAGCAUGUGAAAUGUAUUGUCAAUCAGUGUUGCUUCCUAAGUGGACAGUUUGAUUUCACAGAAGUGUGAUUGACUUGGAGUUACAUUGGGUUGUUUAAGUGUUCCCUUUAUUUUGUUGAGCAGUGUAGUAUGUACUCGAGAGGCAUUUUUGGCAAGUCAUUUGUGUGUCAUUUGUGUAAUAAACCUGUUUUAAUGCAGCUCUCCAGCUCUAUAAUGCCAUUGAUCAUUGAGGGUGUUUAACCAAUACAGCUUCCUGUGUCGGAGUGUGGUGGUAGAUGGAAUCAAUCGCAUGGCAGUGUUCCAGUUUACCCAUAAGGCCAAACUCCUUCUCCAGACCUCCACAGCCUCACUGCUGCUGGUGAGAAAGAACUACGCCUCUCAUUGCAUGACAAUAACUUGUGCCACUUCUUCUGCUUUGUCGUCCAUUUCUUAUAUUGAAGUGUGCAUAUUAUUUAGUAAGUGGAAGGGUACCGUCCCUAUAAGCAAGUUUAUAAAGCGAAUUUAUAUAAAAAUGAAAUACUUCUAUUAACUGUAUAUUCCUCUCAGUAUAAAGUGUAUGCAGUGCCUGCGGAGGAGUUCUCCAUGGACUAUGUGGACCCCAAGGUGCUCUGUGUAUCUGUCCAUGGACGCUUCACUGAGGACAGGUAAGCCAUUUUACCUAAUAAUACUAUGUUGUAAUGCCAGAGGACUUUAAGUGACUUCUUACAUUUUAUUUACGUCAUUUAGCAGACGCUCUUAUCCAGAGCGACUUACAGUUAGUGAGUGCAUACAUUUUCAUACUGGCCCCCCGUGGGAAUCGAACCCACAACCCUGGCGUUGCAAACGCCAUGCUCUACCAAAUGAGAUACACGGGCCUAACACUCUCUAAAAUAGACAGCUGGUACCUUUGACAACUAGUCAUCAGCAAAAAUGGGCAAACAUGGCAGUAAAGGUAGUGUUUGUAUUUUACAGGUUGAGGGCUGUUCAACCAGUACCUCUUUCUCUGGGGGUAGAUACUAGCUGUUGUAUUGCAGAUACUUAUCUUCCACACAUCUGUUUUCCAGGUGUGAUUCCAUGCAUUCCUCAGGCAGAGCACAGAGUCACUUACCUGAGGCUGUCUGAUCUAUGGGCCAACCUCUCACUUUCCCCUCUCACUCUUCCUCUCCUAACCCCUCUCCUAACCCCUCUCCUAACCCCUCUCCCUUUCCUGACCCCUUUCCUAACCCCUCUCCUAACCCCUUUCCCUCUCCUAUCCCCUCUCCACUCUCCCCUCUCCUAUCCCCUCUCCCCACACACCUCUGUUCUCCACCCAGCACAAGUAGUACCUGUUUCCUUCUAACUACUUAAACUGCGCUUGAUUAAGCUUGCCUGGUGCAAUGGAACCAAUGGAAUAGUCCCAAAAGUGCAAAUCGGCACUCUGGCCAGGCUUAAUCGAACCCUCAAAGUAUAUGAAAGAAAACAAAUCCUAUUUGAACCCAGGUCUGACAGCCAUGGACCACGCCAGGAUUUACUACCAUGUUUGCUUCUGAUGACUCGCUGUUAACAGCACCAGUCCAGUUAUUGUACAGCUGGUUUUUACAGGCUGUUUUUACUCCACUUUCCCUACUGUAAACUUACUGCCUGCCUGGCUCCACUAUUGUUGAAGGCAAUUAGCAAGUUAAUAUUUUAUUGAAAAUAAAUAGUGAAAGUGAGGGAAAGAACUCUAUUGUCAAGACAUUUUAAAUAACUCAGUUGUUUGAUGGUGAUGGUUUAUACACAUUACAAAAAGCCUUUCCUUUCAUGGUGCUCUGCUGUUUCCACUAAAACAAAUAAGGAGGGAAACCAUUAAAAGAUCAGCCCCACAUCAGGUCUGAGAAAACAAAAAGCUUGCCAUGUGUUGGUGAUAAGAGCAUUGAUAAGGACUUAAAACUGAGAAAAGAAAGAGUGAGAAGUUUUGUCAGAUCGUGAAAGGAGUCAGGCUCCAGUAAAAGAGGAAGGAAGAGAAAGAGAGAGAUAACCUUUUACUGCAGUGGGCUAUAUCAGGGUCACACAGAGUGUUUCUUGGUAGUCUUAAACAAAUCUACUUUGAAACAAAAGUAUACACCUUAAAAUAGAAGGUACCUGUGCCAUGUCAGAUAUAGAGUUGAAAUGUAUUCAGUUUUGAGUUCGCAUUCCAAUAUUACGCUUUAUAUAUGCUGAACAAGAAUAUAAAUGCAACAUGUAAAGUGUUGGUCCCAUGUUUCAUGAGCUGAAAUAAAAGAUCCCAGAACUGUUCCAGCCACACAAAAAACGAAUUUCUCAUUUUCCAAGAUAAUCUAUCCACCUGACAGGUGUAGAAGCUGAUUAAACAGCAUGAUCAUUACACAGGUGCACCUUGUGCUGGGGACAAUAAAAGGCCACUCUAAUAUGUGCAGUUUUGUCACACAACACAAUGACAAAGAUGUCUCAAGUUUUGAGGGAGCGUGCAAUUGGCAUGCUGACUGCAGAAAUGUCCACCAGAGUGGUUGCCAGAGAAUUGAAUGUUAAUUUCUCUACCAUAAGCCGCCUCCAACGUCGUUUUAGAGAAUUUGGCAGUAUGUCCAACCGGCCUCACAACCGCAGACCAUGCCAGCCCAGGACCUCCACAUCCGGCUUUUUCACCUGUGGGAUCGUCUGUGACCAGCCACCUGGACAGCUGAUGAAACUGAGGAGUAUUUCUGCCUGUAAUGAAGUACUUUUGUGGGGAGAAACUCAUUCUGAUUGGCUGGGCCUGGCUCCCCAGUGGGUGGGCCUAUGCCCUCCCAGGCCUACCUAUGGCUGCGCCCCUGCCCAGUCAUGUGAAAUCCGUAGAUUAGGGCCUAAUUAAUUUAUUUCAAUUGACUGAUUUCCUUUAUAUGAACUGUAACUCAGUAAAAUCGUUGAAAUUGUUGCAUGUUGCGUUUUAUAUUUGUGUUCAGUAUACAUCACAGAAGACUGAAAUAUAACAAUACUAUUUCACAUAAACACUGGAUUUUCAUCGGGAAAAAAAACUAACAAUGUUUAUUAAUUAUGAAAUUAUGAAAAAUAUUAACUCAUUCCACCCAUGAGGCCAAUAGCUAAUUUGACUGCAAGAAAGGGCUACGGGGCUAAAUAUUAAGUCUUUAGGGGAUUGCAGCGGGAUCAGUGGGUUCGCUGUGUGUGUGUGUGUGUGUGUGUGUGGUGUGAGUAAUUUAGUUGGGAUUUCUAUACAUUGAUUAGAGAGAAUGUGAUAGUUAUAUGAUGUCUUCAUAUGAAAGCUGCUUACGCAAGAUUUCACAGGUCACAACCAUUAACUGAUCACUGACCCUGGUAAUAACCAGUCACAGUGUUUCCCAGUAGUGCUUGGCAAACACUCCAGAAGCCCUCAGAGGCUGCAUCUGAAAUGGGCCCUGGUCAAAAGUAUACUCUUAAAGAAAAAGGUGCUAUCUAGAACCAAUAAAGGUACUUUGGCUGAACCCUUUGAAGAACCCUUUUUUGUUCCAGGUAGAACCCUUUUAGGUUCUGUGUAGAACCCUUUCCACAGAGGUUUCUACAUGGAACCCAAAAGAGUUCUGCCUGGAACCAAAAAGGGUUCUAUCUGGAACCAAAAAAGGUUAUCCUAUGGGGACAGUAGAGGAACCCUUUUGGAACCCUUUUUUCUAAGACUGUAGUGCACUAUAUAUAGGGAAUUGGGUGUCAUUUUAGACUAAGGUUGCUCUAACCAACCUUCACCUCAUCUGUUCUGUUCCCCCUCCUCCCAUCUCUCCCUCCCUCCAGUCAGUACUGUGUUCCCAGCCAGUACGACAGGCCCUCCUCAGCUCUGGUUCUGGACGCAGCUCGGGACGGGCGCCUCUCCUCCCACUGGGUCGUCCCCCAGCAGAGGGAGAUUGAGGAGUGGAGACAGAGACGACAGUCAGGGGCAGGGGGGUUCCCUCUCCCUGGAGUUCAGAGUGAAGGGGUACUACUCAAAUCUCCCCAGGUACAUGCAUGGAGAUGGCCCACAUAAUGCUGCUGCUGCUGCUUGGAGUGGGACCUGGCACUGGAAAGCAUGUGGGGCUUCACUAACAUUAAUGGCAGUAACUCUGACAUCUAUAGUUAUAAAUAUAUUAUAGAUGUAUGUUAGAUAAUGAGCAUGUUUUAAAUGAUGCAAACACACUUUCACUCAUCUCUUAUCUCUUAUCGUAUACUGUCUCUGUGGAAUUGACUAGAGGAUAUUUCUCAACAUGUGUUCAUCCUGUGUUGUGUUCCUCCAGACUGAGAUCAGUUUCAGUGCCAGAGUGGCAGCUCCUGGCAGGUAUGUGUUUGUGGUCCACUACUGUCAACCUGAACACACCACCUUCCCUGUAGAGGUACGGGUGGAUGCCGGACACACCUGGACCGGUGAGUUUGGUGAGCAAUGUACAGUGAGGUAAAAACGUUUUUGAUCCCCUGUUGAUUUUGUGCGUUUGCCCACUGACAAAGAAAUGAUCGGUCUAUAAUUUUAAUGGUAGGUUUCUUUGAACAGUGAGAGACAGAAUAACAACAAAAAAAAUCCAGAAAAACGCAUGUCAAAAAUGUUAUAAAUUGAUUUGCAUUUUAAUGAGGGAAAUAAGUAUUUGACCCCUCUGCAAAACAUGACUUACCGGUAGUACUUGGUGGCAAAACCCUUGUUGGCAAUCACAGAGUUCAGACGUUUCUUGUAGUUGGCCACCAGGUUUGCACACAUCUCAGGAGGGAUUUUGUCCCACUCCUCUUUGCAGAUCUUCUCCAAGUCAUUAAGGUUUCGAGGCUGACGUUUGGCAACUCGAACCUUCAGCUCCCUUCACAGAUUUUCUAUGGGAUUAAGGUCUGAAGACUGACUAGGCCACUCCAGGACCUUAAUGUGCUCCUUCUUGAGCCACUCCUUUGUUGCCUUGGCUGUGUGUUUUGGGUCAUUGUCAUGCUGGAAUACCCAUCCACUACCCAUUUUCAAUGCCCUGGCUGAGGGAAGGAGGUUCUCACCCAAGAUUUGACGGUACAUGGCCCCAUCCAUCGUCCCUUUGAUGCGGUGAAGUUGUCCUGUCCCCUUAGCAGAAAAACACCCUCAAAGCAUAAUGUUUCCACCUCCAUGUUUGAAGGUGGGGAUGGUGUUCUUGGGGUCAUAGGCAGCAUUCCUCCUCCUCCAAACACGGCGAGUUGAGUUGAUGGCCAAAGAGCUCGAUUUUGGUCUCAUCUGACCACAACACUUUCACCCAGUUCUCCUGUGAAUCAUUCAGAUGAUCAUUGGCAAACUUCAGACGGGCAUGUAUAUGUGCUUUCUUGAGCAGGGGGACCUUGCUGGCGCUGCAGGAUUUCAGUCCUUCACAGCGUAGUGUGUUACCAAUUGUUUUCUUGGUGACUAUGGUCCCAGCUGCCUUGAGAUCAUUGACAAGAUCCUCCCGUGUAGUUCUGGGCUGAUUCCUCACCGUUCUCAUGGUCAUUGCAACUCCACGAGGUGAGAUCUUGCAUGGAGCCCCAGGCCGAUGGAGAUUGACAGUUCUUUUGUGUUACUUCCAUUUGCGAAUAAUCACACCAACUGUUGUCACCUUCUCACCAAGCUGCUUUGCGAUGGUCUUGUAGCCCAUUCCAGCCUUGUGUAGGUCUACAGUCUUGUCCCUGACAUCUUUGGAGAGCUCUUUGGUCUUGGCCAUGGUGGAGAGUUUGGAAUCUGAUUGAUUGAUUGCUUCUGUGGACAGGUGUCUUUUAUACAGGUAACAAGCUGAGAUUAGGAGCACUCCCUUUAAGAGUGUGCUCCUAAUCUCAGCUCAUUACCUGUAUAAAAGACACCUGGGAGCCAGAAAUCUUUCUGAUUGAGAGAGGGUCAAAUACUUAUUUCCCUCAUUAAAAUGCAAAUAAAUGUAUAACAUUUUUGACAUGCGUUUUUCUGGAUUUUUUUGUUGUUAUUCUGUCUCUCACUGUUCAAAUUAACGUAUAGACUGAUCAUUUCUUUGUCAGUGGGCAAACGUACAAAAUCAGCAGGGGAUCAAAUACUUUUUACCCUCACUGUAGGUGUAUAAAGAGGUUGAGCCAGAUUGAUAUGGUUAGAUAGAGUGUGUAUAUGAUCCAGGAUCUUACCCGACAUCACCGUCCAAGAUGUAAUGAAAUGGACAUCUGCAAAGAAUGAAUGUGAUUAUCAAUUGUCAUGAACAUAGUAGCUAGUUCCCCUCUUCUAUGGUGUUGUUGUCUAGGAAAGCCUGUAGUGGGUUUUGGGGGGUUCUAGUGGUCUCUGGUGCUGGGGGUGAUUCUCUUUUAAAAGCAGAUUAGGCAUCUGACUCGCGCCCCACAUUACAAGAUGAUCAAAGGCCUCGGACACACUUCUGACGGGUUGAUGGGGAAGGAUUACCUCGUGGCGCAACUGAUGUCUCUUAUCUUCUCUAUACCCCCUUUCCUCUUUCUACUCCUCCCUCUCUCUACUGACUUUCAAUCUUUUUGCCUACCUCCCUCUCCCUCCUUUACCCUACCACUGCUCCUCCCCCACCUCCCUCUCUUCCCCCAGGCUUUGUGAACGCCUCCUUCUGCCCUGGUGUCUCUUGCUGCAGGGAGGUGGUCAUCGCUGAGAGGCGCAUCGCUCUGGACCUUCCCCAGCAAGACGUGGCCAUCUCUCUCAAGGUUCCACCCGGGAAGACCCUCACUCUGGUCAGUCACAUACAAUAUGUUGGUCAGUCAUGGUCACUGGGUCAAUUACUUACUGUGGCUAUGUUCCAAUGUCUAUACUAGCAUACCACUUAGAAUGCAUGCCCAAAUUGUUGCUUCAUUCCAAGAAGCAUGUUAAUGUGGAUCGUAGAACAGAACAGAGACAGUUUGUCAGUUGAUCAUCUUUGCCCAUAGUGUAAGGUGGCGAACAGACAUUCCUGUCCUGAAGAAAACCCAGACUAGGCCUGUGUGGUGAUGCCUGUAUUGUAAUUCAGGAGGAUUUAGAAGCCAAUAAUCUAGGCCUUUAGUAUGCUGUAUUAGAGGUUUACCAGGUUGGCACUGUGACACUCUCUCCUCCGUGUUAUAUCAUGUCCCAAACAACAACAAUGGGGCCUGUUUUCUACCUGGCAACACCCCACUCCACCCUAUUAGAGCUCUCCAACCCAGUAUCAAAGUGAAACACACAGCUAAGUUUGCAUUUGCUGUAGGGCAGGGGUAGGCAACUAGAUUCAGAUGCGGGCCGAUUCUUUGGUCGGAGCGGAUGGUCGGGGGGCCGGAACAUAAUUAUAAUACAUUGUACACUGCAAAUUGACCAAAACUAAGCCCAAAAAGAGAUUGUAUUUGAAAAUAACAGUCAUUUCAUACCUUGAUUACAUUGAGACAAGAUCACAUACUGAAUGUUUAUUUUAUUUUAUUUGUGGGAAUACUUGGGGACAGAUUUCCUAAAUAAACUAAUUUUUUGCUGGAUUCUAGGUGAUUUUAGUCUUUUUUUUAAACCCAAAACGACCCCCCCCCCUGUUUCUUAAGCUAUGAUAAGUGUCAAAGUGGAAGUUUUCAGAGAGAUAAGCCUACAGCAUUGUUGUUUGGUUUUGACUAGAUCUGUUAUGUUUUGUUCCAUUUCUUCAGGAUUAUAUCUUGGUGGUUCCUGACGAUAGUUACACCCCUGAUCUACUGAAAGAGAAGCCACUGGAUAAGUCAUCUGAUUUCACCAGGCAGUGUGAAGGACAAGGCUUUUUUAUAGAGUAAGUAUUCAGUUCACUGACCGUGUUCUCAAAACUUAGCUCUAGCAAAACAACCUGCCUUGUGGAAUGGGAUCAACUGCUUUGCUGAGUGAUUUGAAGAUUAGAUAAAUGAGUAUGAUUGAUAUUGUAGGAUCAUAUAAUGUUUAUUUGAAACCUAAGUAUAUUUGAGGUAUUCGCUUCCUAUACUAAUAUAUUACCAAAUUACCAGAAUAUCCUUCCUAGAGAAUCCCAUCCACAAUACCGUCCUUGGAUGUUAUACUUAAUAAAGCCUUCUGGUGGUUAGGAUGUAAAAUACAAAAUGUUGAUCAGUGGUGAAUUUUCCAAUCAUUUACAAGCUUUUACAAUACAUGUUAAAGGUAGACUCAGCGAUAUGAUGUAGAUGCAGAAAGUAAACAGCAUAGUGGGCCAAUUUCUGCAACAACUCUGCUGUUUUGGUGCCCUGGCUACCAUGCUCUGAACAGCGUGAGGCAAACCCGUGCACAUGCGCAGAUACUGUGUGUGACUGUGUGAGAGCGAAGUCUUGCAUCUCGCUCAUCUCAGUAUCUGCGGUGUUGCUCAUGGCAACGUCAUUUUGCUGUGUCUACCUUUAAAUGUGUGGAUGUAAAAACUAUAACUGGAGAAUUUCAGAAUGACUUUAUUUGAUUGACCCCGGACCUCGUGAAUGUUCUCGUCCUGUUCCAACUUCCCACAGCUCCAGAACCUCCUCCCAGUUCUGCCAAGACUCGGCCCGCUCCCUGGUAGCAGCCAACAGUGAUGGGGCCCUGCCUUGCUACUGUGAUAAGUCAGGAGCCACGGGGCCCACCUGUAACCCUGUAGGGGGCCAGUGUCCCUGUCGGCCCCAUGUCAUCGGUCGACAGUGUACACGAUGUGCCACAGGAUACUACGGCUUCCCUUACUGCAAACGUGAGUGGAUUUCAGUUACUAAAAUGUCUGACACCCACACAGUGUCCUACCCUAACCUGUCUUCAUCCUCUCUCCCCUUCAGCCUGUGACUGUGGCCAGCGGCUGUGCCACGAGGUGACAGGUCAGUGUAUCUGCCCGCCCCAGACAGUGAAGCCAGCCUGUGACGUGUGUGAGAGCCAGACGUUCAGCUACCACCCUCUAGUGGGCUGUGAGGGCUGUGACUGCUCGCCCAACGGAGUCAAGGCCAUCGCAGGGAGAGACUGUGACCGCGAUACUGGACGGUGCAUGUGAGUGGCCUUCUGUCUGAUCUGACAUACACCAUACUGUAUGUCACUUAUGCUAGUGUGUACCAUAUGUGGUGAUUGUGAAUUAUUGUUAGAUUAUUGUGUGUUUAUUCAUAUGCCUAUUCCCUCCACAAAGAAUGUAAGUGUGACCAUAGCUCUUUAAAUUCGACCCUGUUCUGGAUCUGACAUGCUUUGUGUGUGUGUGUGUGUGUGUGUGUGUGUGUGUGUGUGUGUGUGUGUGAGUGUGUUUGUAGGUGUAAGCCCAGGAUCGGCGGGCGGCAGUGUGACCGGUGUGCUGCAGGGUUCUACAGGUUCCCUGAGUGUCUCCCAUGUAACUGUAACCAGGGAGGGGUCACACCUGACAUAUGCCACCCAGACACAGGACAGUGCCUCUGCAAGGUGACUGACUAUACACGAUUAAUAUACUACUUGUAAAAGGAAGAAUGAUUAUCUACAGUACUGUAUGUGUACAUUCACAAAUAGGAAGAAUCUGAACACUGCAAUAUAAUUCCCAUAAGUGUUUAUAUGUACGCCAUAACAACAUUUUGACCACUUCUUCUGGCCAGUGUAAAAAACAUGUUUUUUCUGUUGUAGAGAAAUGUGCAGGGAGCCCACUGUGAUGCCUGUAGAGACGGGUCCUUCCACUUUGACCCAUCCCACCCCAGGGGCUGCAUCAGCUGCUUCUGCUUUGGAGCCAACAGCCAGUGUCAGAGCUCCGGCAAACGCAGGGGGAAGGUGUGUAUGUAUGUGUUUGUGUAUGUGUGUUUGAAGAUUUAUAGGUGUUUUCAUUGAUACAUUAUUGGAUUUCUGGUCUAUAGAAAUCUAAAAUGGCGUGUUAUUGUACUAUACUUGUUCAGACACGUGAUCCAACAAAGCCUUAUCUCGCCACAUGACCAGCGUUGCAACAACCCAAAUUCCAUAGAGUGGAUAUACCCACAGCUUUGCCACACCUGCGGAACAUAAAUCCAUUGCACACCACAGCAUGCUAUUCUAUUCCAAUGUACAUAAUGGUAUUUCACCUAAUCAUAGGCCUAUAAGAUAUAGUACAGUGCUCUUUCCAUCCGCUUCCACUAGUUUGUGGACAUGCGUGGCUGGCGUCUGGAGAGAGCUGACCAGGAGGAGGUGGCAUCAGUCCUCAACCCAUCCAGUAACACAGUGGUAGCAGAUGUACAGGAGCUGCCUGGCACUACUCAGCUCCUCCACUGGGUGGCGCCACCAUCCUACCUGGGAGAUAGGGUGAGUGGAGCGAAUGGGACUCAGGAGGAGCACAUUUACUGUUAUAGAAUAGUUCAGUUUAAUAAAGAGGACAUGUUUCAGUAAUAUUUUGAAGGUCUUUUUAUAUCAGACUUGAGCAUUUUAAGCUAGAAUCUUUAGUUACUACAUAAAUUUUUCGACUUAUAAAUUAAUGGAAUAUACCCAUUGAUUCUUGAAGAAUAUAUCUUAUAAAUGCCUCAUGAGCUUAGUUAAACUGUCAUACCCCGACAGAACCCAAAAUAUAAGCUUGUUUUGCUCCAAUGUUUGUAAACAAUGUGAAUGUAAACAAACACUAUAUAGCCUCAAAACAUGGUUAAAACGAUCAUUUUGAUAUCAUGAAUGGUCAAUCCUUACAUCCAUAGCUCUGUCUAUGAAUUUGAGAGUGGUUACAUUUCUCCAGGCCCAUCCCUCAGCUUUUUACCAAAACAGAGGCGGGGUUUCGCUUUGUUAUUGUUUUAAUUAAGGACUCUACCUUUAACAUUUGAUCAAUUGUUAUUUAGUGGUGAAUUCAGUGUUAACAGGAAAAGUACACGAGGAGCCAGAGUUUUAGCGACUGCCAGAGAGCCUAACCAAUAGUUGACCUGGGUGGGAUACUACAAAGCAGGAUCUAUGAGUUAUCCAGCUAACUUCAAUAAACAACCAGAAAUAACUAGAGAUUUUCUGGUUCAUUAAGAAAGCUGGUUGUUGAGUCAAUUAGGCCAUGCCCAUUUCAAGCUUAUCUUAAAUAUAUAUAUAUCUCCUUGAUCCUUUGUAAUAUACCACCCAGUUCUAUACUGAUUCAGUCCAUAAAAUUAGAAUGAUUGGUAAGUAAUUCAUGAAUGUUCUAUUCAUUCUAUUUCUAUGGUUCAGACCCAGUCUCAGUGACUCUGACAGUAUGCUCUGCUCCUGUCUCAGGUGUCUUCCUAUGGGGGCUACCUGACCUACCAGGCCAAGUCCUUUGGGAUUCCUAGUGAGGGGAUGUCGUUGAUGGACCGCAGACCUGAUGUCCUGCUCAGUGUACGUGCAGUAUGACAUAUCAUCACACACUGCUAAUUAUGACAGCUCUCUUAUUGGUAUAUAAGUCAUGAUGACUUCCUGUUGUGAGUAACCCAGUGUUAUUUCUGUAUGAUGUCCUCAGGGCCAGGAGAUGGCCCUGGUCCACAUGGCCCCAAAGACCCCCGACCCAGACAGACUCCACCAGGGCAGAGUUCAGCUAGUGGAGGUAUAGAAAACAGUUUUCCAUACCUAAAAAGUGGUCAAACUGAGUCCUUAUUCCAUGCUAUCUGUUGUGAACAACAUCUUUAAAACACUUCAAAGUUUCCACUCCCUCACUAACCUGUCUGUGUGUUAUGUGCAGGGGAACUGGCGUCACGCCGGCACCAACCGUCCUGUGUCCAGGGAGGAUCUGAUGGUGGUCCUGGCUGGGCUGGUGGGUCUGAGAGUGCGGGCUCUCUACUUCACCCAGAGCCAGAGACUCAGCCUGGGGGAGGUAGGCCUGGAGGAGGCUACAGACACGGGGGCCGGGGGCCCUGCCAGCACCGUGGAGCAGUGUGCCUGUUCCCCUCUCUACAGAGGAGACUCCUGCCAGGUUAGACUCAGGCCGUCAUGAUCUCAUUCACUCCUCAUUCACUCCUAGUCCCCUAGGUGUUUCAUGUUGAUCUACUGGGGUCAUAUAGGCAUAAGGAAUAUGAUUAAAGAUUUGAAGAGAGUACUCCAGAGGUGCCUUGGAGUCUUUGUUAUUUUGGAAAUGGUAGUAUAUCCAAGGCUAGUUGAACUUUUAGCUCUCCGAUGCACAACAAGUAAGGCUGGGGGCUUGGGCUAAGGGUCAGUUUGGGAUUUGGAAAGAGAGGUGGGAAAGAUGGUGGGAGAGAGAAAAGGAUUAGGAGAAGGUAAUAGAGGGAGAAAGGAGACCGGAGGGGCUGAGAGGGAGAGGUGUCGACGGACAGAUCUAGUCAUUUUGGAAAAGAGAAGAGUGAGAACUCCCCUCCUCGCUGUGGGGUUGUUGUCGUGACGCCCUAACAAUGGUGCCAGGCCCGGGGUGAGUGAGGUCAUUAGCAGACAGUGGAAAAACUCAUCAGCCCAUUGAAGAGCCAACGGUUUAAACAACCCUUUGUGGAAUGUCCUGGAAAAAUACCCAUCUGUGUGUUUGUGUGAAUGUGUGUGUGUCUGUGUGUGUUUGUGUGUGUGUGUGUGUGUGUGAAUGUGUGUGUGUCUGUGUGUGUCUGUGUGUGUUUGUGUGUGUGUGUGUGUGUGUGUGUGUGUGUUCAUCAGCCGAGCCCAGUAGCCCUAGGCAGAGGGAGAAGAUGCACCAUCACCCUGACAUACUAUUACACAUUCAACUACUGCUGUAAACUGCUCAACUGUGGCAUGGUAACGGCAGUUAAAAUAAAAUACAAUUAAAAAAACAAAAAAACAUGUACAGUAUGAUAUCCAUGAAGUUUAAACAGAAUUCUUCCCCUUAGGGUGUUUAGUACAUGGGUGGGUCUCAAACUCCAAUUAGGAAAAGUUGGAUGGAAGCAUUUUCCCCCUGAAAAUCCACUUAUUAAAUUGAAUGUAAAUGGAACCAUUUUCGCUUUGUCACCCAUAGGGAUGGGCGGCUGACAGUGAAGAUGUGAUUUUCUUACGCUGGCAACAGUGUCCUGAUGACUUUGCAGUAGAUUUUCAUUUGACUUGAUUGAGUUGUUUUUCCCCAUUUGGUGGUUGUGCUCUAAGCGGUGUUAUUAUGAGUGUGUGUGUGUGUACGUGUGUGUGAGACAUCAACAUCCUGUAGUCAGGUGUGUUCAGAGGAAAUGGAUAAUAUGUACCCGGCGGCAGUAAUAAAAAAGGAGAGGCACCCUGACACAUAUUCAGUGUGGUAUCUGGCAACCAGGACGGUGUUACUCACCACCCUAAACCAGACAGACACAAUGUGUGUGUUUAUUCUAGGUUGCCAGAUACUGUCUUCUGUACUGUCUGGAGGUUUAUGAAUAUUAGUCACAGAACCACACAAUCACACUGGCAUACUCACACAUAUACCCUAUAGACACACAUUAACACACACGAUCAAAAACACACUCACUCAGUCUCCCAGGUGGAACCACACCCUACCAACUUGUUGUAUGUAAAUAAAUAGUACAUUAUUAGGAUUUUCCUUUAGACCGUUUGUUUGUUUAAGCGAAGUUGUAUUUUUGAAAGUAGUUAUAAGAAUAAGUGUGUGUGUGUGUGUGUGCGUGCGUGCGUGCGACGUGCAUGUUGCUGCAUUGCUCUGACUGCGGCACUGACUCAGGUACUGUAGGUGAGUGGAGAAGGGGCGUGUCCUCUACGUGUGUGAGUGUGUCUGUGUUUAAGAGGCAGAGGCAGGGGAGACCAGGGAGUUAUUUCAGACUAAACCUGAGUGAUGUCAGACACGAGUGUACACAGACAUUGGAGAGGGAGAGGCAUGCUACUACAGGCCCUGCUAUGGGGAACCUUACUGGGGCUAUGCAGCGCAGGACACAGACCAUAUUCCAGGGAGAGAGGAACCGCUAUCCCAGACAGCAUGACCGAGAGGCACAGAGGAUACAUUAUCCUUCAAUACAUGACCAGGGAGGACAGAGAGUACAUUACCCUUCUGUGAAUGAAGAGGGGACCCAAAGAGUCCAGUAUCCUUCUGUGAAUGAUGAGGGGACCCAAAGAGUCCAGUAUCCUUCUGUGAAUGAUGAGGGGACCCAAAGAGUCCAGUAUCCUUCUGUGAAUGACCAAGGUACACAGAGAGUCCAGUACACUUCUGUGAAUGACAGAGGACAGAUGGUUCAGUAUCCAUAUUUUGACGACCAAGAUUCCAGCUCUCAGAUCCAGGUAAACUUAUGGAAGUCAAGCAGUGGUGACGUCUGUUGGCUUACAAAUGGAUUUACUGUCUGUAAUGUAUGUUUGGCUGCUCUGUACAUGAAUUAGACCUGUGGGAUAUCAGUUGACUUCCAGACUGUUAUCUUACAGAGCAAAGGGUGUGUUUGACGGUGGUGCGUGGUGUCUUGUAUUCAGCGUGGUACUGGUGACAUACCCCACUUGGGAACAGUUUGGGACAUUUGUGAGAUCAAUCAUUCUCUGUUGCUAGGCAGAUUAGCUGAGGUAAACUCAGACUGCCUUUAUCUACUCAAACACUGCCACUUUGAAUGGUAAAGUAUUAUUCUGUGUGGGAAUUAAGUGUGUCGUUUUGAAAUGUGUGUUUAGGAUUGUGUUCUGAUUGUGAUAGAACUUGUGUGGCUUUUCUAUGUUUUUAUUAUUCAUCCAUUGAGUCCCAUUGAGCUAGACAUCACUUUUAAAGCUCUGACUUUCCAUGAAGUAGUUCUGUAUCUACUGUAUGUAUUUGAUGUGUCUGUAUUCAUGUCUGAUGUUUGUGUUUCUCUGUUCCAGAAAUGUGCCACUGGUUACUAUAGAGAUGGCAGUGGGCCCUACCUGGGUCGCUGUGUGCCCUGCUCCUGUAACGGCCUGGCCAACGAGUGUGACGAGAGGACUGGGAGGUGCCUGGUAAGAACACACACACACAGGUUCUGACUCAGCGCUAAAGAGUGAAGUGACCACAACCGCAUAUGAAGGUACACCACUUGUCUUGUGCAAUACCUAAGUCAUCCCAUCUGACUCCGUCAAGGUAAACUACAGUCCAGUCAGCAGUCAUGGUCUAGACAUCUUACCCAUGCCACUGGGCAUUUCUGUGGGCACCCCAUGGGCAUCCCACCCUACCUGGGUGCCCACAUACUGUUCUGUUCUGUACCAUAGCAGGCUAACCACAUUAAAGUAUUGGAUGAUGUGGGUCUGCCUUAGUAGAUGUGAUCACAAAUGUGAUAUGGUUCUACAUUAGCCCCUAGGGGAGCCUUCAUCUGUCUCCCUCUGUCACGGAUGGCAGGGUGGAGUGGAGGGUGAAACUAGAUCUCUAAAAGCCCAUGCAGCACUCUCUAUUCUCCUCUCUCUCUUUCUCCCACUCGUCCUCUCGUCCUCUCGUCCUCUCUCUCUCUCUCUCUCUCUCUCUCUCUCUCUCUCUCUCUCUCUCUCUCUCUCUCUCUCUCUCUCUCUCUCUCUCUCUCUCUCUCUCGCUCUCUCUCUCGUCUCCUCUCAUCUUACACAAGCCACUCAAGAGCAGGCGUGUGCCUGUCUCCUGGCCUAAGGAACCCAGAGUGCUACGGACAGACACACACACACACACACACACACACGGCUGAGCACUCACUCUUUCUCUGCAGUGAAUGUCCAUCAAAAUCCCUCUUUGGGAUGGAUUAGAACAGAAAUGUUAGGCAUCCCCCUAUCAUCCUCCUCUCUCAUAAAAACAAUCACCCUCCUUUGUGGUAAAAAGAGGACUUAUGAAAUGUACAGUUAGAUCUACCAUGUGGUGGGGUACGACAGUGUGGUUAUGUCCACAAAAGGACAAAGUGUGUUUAGACUCACUAUGGUCUUUAUUAUGGUAUUUUCAUCAAAUUAGUGAGGCUAUAGAUUCUCUUUGUUACUUGGUUAUUUACUAAGAGUGCACAGAACUACCCUGUGCUCCUCACUGUCUAAACAGAUAUGAACUUGUAAAAUAUGAUGGAUUACAGCUAUAUUACUUAAAGAAUCCUCUAUUUAGAUACUCUUAUUGUCAUACUCAAGUGCUCUAACCAUGCUUUCUACUAUUCCUGUGGACAGAACUGCCAAUACAGCACGGCUGGAGACAGAUGUGAGCGCUGCAAAGAGGGUUACUAUGGAGACGCUGCCCAGAGGUCAUGCCAGGUGUGCCCGUGCCCCUUCAGUGUGCCAGCUAACAGGUCAGUGUCUCCAAAGAACCAAUCAGUGGCAAGGUCAACCAUAGGAGAUGAUUCUUUGGUGGAAUCAAACCUGUGCACUGUAUCAUGACUUACUGUUGUUGGCCCAGUAUUCAAGUGUUUAAAUGUACUCUUCAUCAUUCCACUACAGUUUUGCAGUUGGUUGCAGAGAGGCUGCUGGAGGGUUCCAGUGUGUUUGUAAACAAGGCUACACAGGAGACAGGUGUGAACGAUGUGCCCCUGGUUACUACGGUGAUCCAUUGACAGCUGGAGGAAGCUGUAGGCCUUGUGAUUGUAACGGCAAUGGAAACAACUGUGACUCCAGGACUGGGGGUGAGUGCUGAUGUUAUUGAGACAUGAUGACACAUUCAAAAAAUCAGGACCCAUUGAGUGUAUUGGUAAAGCUUUAUUCUCCGUUUAUUAUUAGUAAUUUUUUUAUGGCAUUGUAGUUACUUGUUAAAGUGAAUGUAUAAUUUUGCUAUUUCUACAGUGUGCAAGAACACUUUGGAGCCAGGGGACACCAACACAGAUGAGCAGUGCCAAGGUUAGUGUCUGGUGUAAAAGUCUGAUGGUUCCAAUGAGAGUACAGGACAGUACAUGAGGGUACCUACCUCAUCAUGAUCAACUGUUGAUUACACUUGUCUGUGUGGUUCUCAGUGUGUGAUAACUGCGCCCAGACCUUACUAAACGAUCUGCAGAGUCUGGAUGAGGAGCUGGGGAGAAUUAAGACUCAGCUGGAUAGCGCCAGUAUCUCCGCCUCCUCUCAGGACAGACUCAGGAAGCUGGAAAAUGCCAUCACAGAGACCAAGGUACUAAUGUAUUAAUGACCUAUAUGUCCUGUUACUGUAAUGAAGUGUACCACCAUGCCCUCUGGCUACACAGGCCACAGAGAGGGAGGGAGAGGACCAAAAUGUACAUACACACACAGCGUACACUUACUUCUCAAUGCACGCACGCACACAUGCACUUGUGUGUGCUAAUACACAUUUCAACACACACACACACACACUUGUUUUACUAUCCUUGUGGGGACCAAACAAUUGAUUCCCAUUAAAAAUCCUAUUUUCCCUUACCCUUAACCUAACCCUAACCCUAAUUCUAACCCCUAACCCUAAUCCUAACCAUAAUUGUAACCCUAAACCUAACCCCUAAGCAUAACAUUUUUUCUUGUGGGGGACCGGCGAGAUGUCUCCACUUGUCCCAGUUUUCCUUGUUUUACUAUCCUUAAGAGGACUUAUUUAAAACCAGAAACACACACACACACACAAAUCGAAUCAAAUUACAUUUUAUUGGUUGCGUACACAGUUUAGCAGGUGUUGUGACGAAAUGCUUAUGUUCCUAGUUCCUAUCAAUCAAUGCAGUAAAAGUCAACAAGCACACAAUAUUCAAAAAUUCCUAAAUGUAGUCCAGCAGUAGAUGCAUGUAUGUAAAUAGAAUGUCACCAUUAUUACACAUACAUACACACAGAGUGGUAUUACUGGAACAUUUCAGAAUCCUCCUGAUCAGGGAUCUCAGUCAGUUUGUCCCAGAGCUGUGGGUCAAAACAUGUCAGAGACCACACUGCAUGGCAGUGGUUGUUGUCUGGUCAGGACUUGUUGUAGCUAAUCUCCCACGUUUGUGAUAUCAGCAGCUCCUACACUCCAUGUGAGCAUACGCUAAUGUGAGCAUUUAUGAAACCAACAAGAGUAAACAAGUCACUCUGUCAACCUUUCAAACAGCCUGAGGAGGUGGCAGGUAGCUUAGUGGUUAAGAGCGUUGUGCCAGUAACUGAAAGGUCGCUGGUUUUAAUCCCCGAGCCGACUAGGUAAAAACUCUGUCGAUGUGCCCUUGAGCAAGGCACUUAACCCUAAUUGCUCAUGUAAGUCACUCUGGAUAAGAGCGUCUGCUAAAUUACUCAAAUGUAAAAUGAGUCAACAACCAUAUCCCACUGUACUGGAGCUCUCUGUCUUUCUCUCUCUCUCUUUCUCUCUCAUUCAAAGGGCUUUAUUGUCAUGGGAAACAUAUGUUUACUUUGCCAAAGCAAGUGAAAUAAACAAUCAGAAAUUAACAGUAAACAUGACUCUCUCGCUCCGCUUCCCUCCCUCUCUCUCUCAUCUCAUAAUAAAGCAUUGAACAAUAGACUGUGUGUUCUCUCCACAGUCUUUGGUGAACAAGUUCAGUUCCAGUGUGAACAGUCUGAAGCCCAAGGUUAGCCAACUAGAGCAGGACACUCUCAGUGUCAACGAGGAUAUCAACGCUUUCAAAGGCAAGGUACUGGACUGGAACUUCUUGGUGUCUUUUUAUUAGGGUUCGUCAUGAGUGGGUGAAAUUGUGUGUAUGUUUAGGUGUGUAUAUGCUGGCUGUGGAGAGCUGAUGUGUGUGUUGUCCAUUAAGGCAGAUGACAGGGCUGUGGAUGCCCAGACAGUGCUGGGUGAUGUGGAUAAGACUCAUCUGAGAGCUAAAGACCUGGAUACUGAAGCUAAGAACCUGCUCAAGAAGAUCCUGGGUAAGAAAAACUAUUCCGGUUUACUCACCUUUUUCCUUUUUCUGUCUCUUUGUCCACCUCUGUCUAUCUAGCUAUCUCUCUAUCCAUAUUAUCCUCUUUCGUUUUGUUGUGACUUUUAUUUCUCUUUCUCUGUUUUCUCUCUCGCCCUCGCUCUUUUUCUUUAUUUCUCUCUGUCUCUGUCUCACUCUCUCUCUGUUGCUUUCUCUCCCCCUCUCACCCUCCCUUUUAUCUAAACCUGAAUGUGUGUGUUGGGUGUAGCCCUGCUACAGCACCUGAAAGAGUCUGGUUCCAGUGGUGGUGGGGUGCCCAAUGAGAACCUGGCUAAGAUGUUAUCUGAGGCGGAACGCAUGGUGAAGGAGAUGGAGAAGAGGAACUUCAACCCACAAAAAGAUGCAGCUGAGAAAGAGAAGGACGAGGCCCAGAAACGUAAGACUUCUUCCUGGUCCAUUCAAUAUGAAAAACCCUUCGAAUCCCUAAAAGUCUGAUGUUCUUGAACACUACCACAUUAGGUUGAGCUAAGAUACAGAUAAGAAGCAUAAUGUCACAAUAACGAUGACUACUUUGUUUGAUACCAUCAGCAACCAAAUCAAAUAGUGAGAUUAUUAUCUUCAGUCGAGAAUGUCAGUUUCUAUUUCUAUUUGAAUAUAUUCCUCUCUCCCAGUGCUGGACUACAUCAAGGCCAAUGUGACCAAGCAGUAUGAUCAGAAUGAGGCAGCAGCCAAUAGGGUGAAGGGCCUGCUGAAGGACUAUGAAGCUAAACUGAAGGACCUGGAGGAGGCUCUGAAACUGGCUGGGGACAUGGUGAAGAAAGCCAACACUCAGAAUGGACUCAACACAGAGGCACUGGAAGACAUACUGGUAAUAAUAAAACUCACAGUACCAGACUUCUAACAUGAUGGUACUAUGCAGUCAUGUAUAGGCAGUUAGUGUGUGCAGUAACCAUGUUGUUUAGCCUCUGUUGGUAUGGUUAAUUCACAGUUGGUAUCAGUAUUGUUUGCGCAAUUACAUUUCCAUUGGCUUAAUGUUCUCUUAACCAAUUGAAUUAUGUUUGUUCUUCAGAAACGUAUGGAAGAUCUGAAGAAAGAGCGUAAGAAGGUCCAGGACCAGAUAGCCAUGGCAGAAGAUCAGUUGAAGGAUACAAAGUACCUCCUUAGAAGGCUGGAUGACAGCAAGACUGUAAGCACACAGACCAGCCAUGACAAUACAUCAGUAUUCCCCUUUUAUUUGGCCCCCCACAUUUUUUAAAUUGUAGACAUAAAAGACUGUAAAAACACUGUGACCCUGUUAUCUUCCUCCUCUCUCCAGGAGUAUGAACACCUAGCUGCCCAAUUGGACGGGGCCAGGACUGACCUCACCAAGAAGGUCAACGAUAUCUCCCAGGCAGCGGCCAAAGAGGACAUCGUGGAGCGAGCAGAGAAACAUGCUGAGAACCUGGCCAAGCUGGCCAAGGAACUACAGGAGUGAGUUAUAGGGAUAUGAGGACAUUAUCUUUAUGGCCAGGGUUAUGAGGACAGUGCAGUUUCUGCUGCUUGUAUAGCUCAAGUUCAAAUCUUUUUGUGUUUUAGGUAAUGGAAGUUGCCAGAUAUUGUUAAAAAUAUCAAUUUUACAGGAUAGAUCAAAAAGUGUCAGAUAAUAGCUCAGCACUUAAUUAAUGAGAACAAUAGAGGCUCAAUUAAAAAGGUUUUCCAAGUAUAAACGACCUAGUAUAGAAGCCAGGCGUUGUGGUUCUGUAACAGGGAUGUUUAUGUUGGGUGGUUUCCAUCCUCAGUGGGUCGUGCCAGAUAGAUCUGCCAUCCGAUAGAUCCCCCAGAGGCUGCAUGUUUGUUGUUCCGCUUUUCAACAAAUCUAGAUGCGUGUGUUGACCUGUGUACUCUCUCGCUCUACCUCCUUUCUGUUCUCUCUUCUCCCUUCCUUCUCUCUCUACCCCCUCCCCCCCUCUCCUCCUCUCCUCCCUUUCUAUCUUCCUAUGUCACAGUGCUGUGAGGGACUCGAGUGGCCGCUCUGAUGUGCGUGAUGCCAUGGACGCCAUUAAGGCCUACAAGAACAUCACAGAUGCGGUGAACGCUGCAGAGAAGGCAGCCAAGGAGGCCAAGGAUGCAGCUGACAAGGCCCUAAAGGUCAGUCCACAGUCCAGCCACUAGACCCUUAUCACAGAGAUAAUGACUACUCAGAACCUCAACUUUUAGCUGACAUGGCUUUGGUUUACCUUCUGUUUUUGCAAUAUUCUUAAACUUUUGUUAUUCUUUUUCAAUCUAGGAUGUGAAGAAAGAGGACCUGACAAAGAGAGCUAAGAAUCUGAAAGACAGCGGGAACGACCUACUGAGGAAUGCAGAGGAUGCAGAAAAAGAUCUCAAAGGUAUGUUGCUAUAAGUUGUAAUGGAGUUUUUAGAGAUGGCAAGGAGCCAACCAAAUACAAGUGGCUUAAAUUAGUUUUAACUAAGCUCUGGUUUGACUCCACAGAGGUCUCUGAUGACCUCACAGCCCAGAAGAAACGCCUGAAGGACGCAGAGAAGAAGAAGAAAGCAUUGGAGAAGGACCUGAUGGAUGCUCAGGCAGAGCUGAACAACAUCAUGAGAGGUAAACCGGCUCAGAUAGUUAGAGGACCAGAGGAAGUCUAAUAGAUCAGCCCUAAUCCCUCCUUCCCCUUCUCCUCCUUCCCUCCUUCCCCCUCUCCUCCUUUCCCCAUUCCCUCUCUUCUCUCCUCCUGUCAGAUGAUAUAGGGGAGAUGUUGGACGAGGCGAAGAGGGAAGGCAGCGUCAGCCAAUGACACGGCUAGCACCACCAUGGACAGACUGAAUGCCAUCAGAGAGGAAGUGGAUAAGAUCAACGUCAUGCCCUCCGACUCCAACCUCAGCAGCGUCAUGGAUGAUGUGGACAAGUCAGGUGAGGGAUCACUCCACUAACCUAUGUCUGCAUAGGAUGGAGGGAAUGUACACCCAUGGACAGGGCUUCCUUGUAAAAAUAGAUUUAUAUACUGCAUCAAUGGCACUCAACCGGAAAAUAAAGGUUGAAUUAAUACUACUUGUCUUAUUUGAUGAUAUUACCAUGCAUGUAUAGUACUGUAUGGACAGCCAUGUUUGUCCACUCUUUGCCUGUUUUGUGUGUUUUGUAUAGGUGUGAAAUGGUUAAAAGGUCUAACUACUCUCUCUCUCUCUCUGUAUCUCCCUCGCCCCCUUCCCUCUCUCCCCAUCCACAGUGAGGAAUCUGUUGAACACAAUCCCGUCUCUGCAGGAUAAGAUCUUGGAGGUGGAAGAGCUCAGCUCUCAGCUGUCCCCCGUCACCAACAUCUCAGAGAACAUCAAGAGGAUCAAGGAGCUCAUCGAGCAGUCUAGAGACGCAGCCAACAGGGUAAGAACGCAACACACCCACACACACACACCCUGGGUCCACACCCCACCAGAUAUGCCCACUGUGUACUACCUAUCCCCUUUCCACUGGCCAUACAGUUGAAAGGAUUGCAGGUCUAGGUCUUGACAGAGCCAUUUGGUGAAUAUGUACCAUCAUUUGUUGGACAGUUGUUAUUCCCAUUAAGGAAAACAAGGAUUUCUCUUUACACUGCUGGUCCCUUUAACCAUGUGCAACCUCUCUCCUCAUCUCCUCCCCCUGUCUCUCCAGGUUGUGGUCCCUAUGAAGUUCAGUGGUGAGGGCCACGUGGAGCUGCGUCCCCCCAGGGACAUGGAGGACCUGAAGGCAUACACUGCCCUGUCCCUGUCCUUGCAGAGACCAGUGAACCCCGACAUCGGCAGAGGGGGGGAUGGAACACGCAGACGCAGACAGGACACCACCACCACAGACAAAGGAGACAUGUUCGUACUCUACCUCGGCAACCAAGACGUGAGUGGACUGGACAGGAUUUGGGUUGUAAAGGGAGGGUAUAUUAUCUAAAACGUUCUAAGUUUACCAGUAACUACCAGAAUUUUGGUAUCUUUCAAGGAUUUUAUGGAAUCUAUCACAAGACAUCUAGUGGCCCUUUUGGGUACUUCAGAUUAUCACAGGCGUCUGUAAUAUUCUCUGGCCCUCUGUGUGGGAUUAUCACAUGAAAAUAAUAAAAUAAAAUAAUUUUAAAAUAAAAAAUUUAAUUACAAUGCUGUAAAAUAUUAUCCUAAAUAUAAGCCAUCAACUUAGUGAAUACCUUUUUACUUUGAUUUAUUUUACUAUGUCAAUAUGUAUUUGUAGUCAAUGUUUGGUCCUCAAACUGGUGGCAGUUGUGAAAAAAGUCAAUAGUUGGAAGAGUUGCAGUGUUAAUUGAAAAUAAUGACGUUGUUGAUUAGAUGCUUUUUUCAUUCAUUAGGCUAUUUUCUCUUGAACCAUAUGGUCUAUCUACUAGAAACUCAUGGACAAUGGGGACACAGAUAAAAUUUUUCUAAGUUAUUCAAGUAUAUAUUACCAAAGUUACGAUAGAUUGCCAUAGAUUUUCUGUUAAUUACCAAAAUGACUGAAGGUUCCGGUAACUUUGGUAAAUUACCGGUAGCUUUGCAACCCUAGACAGGACACAACCUGGCCUUUGUAGUCCCUUUGUUCUCCUAAUGAAACACUGGAUGGUAUAGAUUUGACUAUUUGAUUUUUGGUCAUAAAACUCUCUCUGGCACUUCAGUCGCCAUCCUCCUAAUACAUUUUAGUCAUUUAGCAGACACUCUUAUCCAGAGCGACUUACAGGAGUGAGUGCAUACAUUUUCAUACUUUUUCGUACUGCUCCCGCGUGGGAACCCUGGCUUUGCAAGUGCCAUGCUCUACCAACUGAGCCACACGGGAUCCUGUCAUAUAUGAUCCAUUUGUAUAUUUCUCUAUUGAAAUAAUGGCACCGUAUAGAUUUGACAGUUUGCUUGUGGCUGGAAAUGCUCCCACUGACUGUCCUCACCUCUCUCUUCCACAGUCAUCUAAAGACUACAUUGGCAUGGCCCUGAGGAAGAAUGUGCUGUUCUGUGUGUACAAGCUGAGCGGAGAGGAGUAUGAGAUUAAGACAGACUACAUCACUAGGUCUUUCUCUGAGCCUGCCUUCUUUGACAAGGUGGACCUGCACAGGUAAAACCAUACCUUUGUCCAGCUCAAGUCUUAGGAAUUGGAAACGUUAUUUGAGUGAGUAACCCUAAUCUAACUUUUUUACAAUCUCUUAGAAUUUACCAAGACGCACAGGUGAUCCUCACCAAACUGUUCACAUCCAACGAGCCGGACCUUCCUCAGGCCAGCAGUAAGCAGGGAGAGCUGACCAGGAACCUUCUAAACCUGGACCCUAGUGACGUGGUCUUCUAUGUCGGGGGCUACCCCGCCCAAUUCACUGUAAGCCCCCCAAAACAUUGACUGGAAAUGACCAUUUUCAGUGCCUAGGUGACAUUACUAUUCCUGAUUAUUGAAACAUUCUCAAAGUCUUAUUAUACCUGAAUAUGCUUUGUUUCUAUAGCCUCCAGCCUCCCUCAACUACCCCAACUAUAAAGGAUGCAUCGAGCUGUCCACCUUCAACGACAGAUUCAUCAGUCUGUACAACUUUAAGAAGGCUGUCAAGAUCAACCUGGAGACUCCGUGCAAGAGGUUGGUUUAGAGCUACUCAAAGCCUAAUAAGGUAUUGACGGGAGAUAACGCUCCUGGGCCAGAGGACAACAAAGACUUACGGUCCCAUACUCAAUAUGCCUUAGAGUCCUUAUACAGUCAAUCUAACCUGUCAGUCACUUGACUGCUGAACGUCUUAAGUGGCUAGACUAAUUCCAAACCUUACAUGCCUGCUACACUGGACCUUUUCACAGUGUGACAUGCUCCUAUUCAUUUCAAUGAAACCUGGGCUUUAGCAGCACGGCUCCGUGAGAGGCUCGCACUGCUCAGCGUAAAAUUAGGCUUCAGUUCUAUUUUCGAGCCUGAGAGCACUUGAUGAAGUGGCUUCCGCUUUGCUCGCGCACAUCCAGUGUAGCAUGUAAAAACUGACUGUUUUCCCGACACCCCAGUGUAGCAUGUAAAAACCGACUGUUUUCCCGACACCCCAGUGUAGCAUGUAAAAACCGACUGUUUUCCCGACACCCCAGUGUAGCAUGUAAAAACCGACUGUUUUCCCGACACCCCAGUGUAGCAUGUAAAAACCGACUGUUUUCCCGACACCCCAGUGUAGCAUGUAAAAACCGACUGUUUUCCCGACACCCCAGUGUAGCAUGUAAAAACCGACUGUUUUCCUGACACCCCAGUCUAGCAUGUAAAAACCUACUGUUUUCCCGACACCCCAGUCUAGCAUGUAAAAACCGACUGUUUUCCCGACACCCCAGUGUAGCAUGUAAAAACCGACUGUUUUCCCGACACCCCAGUGUAGCAUGUAAAAACCGACUGUUUUCCCGACACCCCAGUCUAGCAUGUAAAAACUGACUGUUUUCCCGACACCCCAGUCUAGCAUGUAAAAACCGACUGUUUUCCCGACACCCCAGUCUAGCAUGUAAAAACCGACUGUUUUCCCGACACCCCAGUGUAGCAUGUAAAAACCGACUGUUUUCCCGACACCCCAGUGUAGCAUGUAAAAACCGACUGUUUUCCCGACACCCCAGUGUAGCGCCCCAGGUAGUUAUGAGUCUUUACAUCUUCUAACCUUAACCCUAUUCUGAUUGAAUCCCCCUGUGCCCAGGUAUGUCCAGCCAGUGGUUUAUGACUACUUUGAGGGGACUGGCUAUGCCAAGGUGUCCACCCAAGGUGUCAUGGUGCCCACCCUCCUCCUGAGCCAGACCAUCUCCACUCGCUCAGAGAAUGGGCUUCUCCUCUACAUUGGAAAUGAGGUAGGCUACUUAGUCUUUUUACAGGGAAACAUUUGGUGUGGUAAGGUUGAUGAUGUACCAUGGUUGACACUUGAAUAGCUGUUGAAAUUCUGUACUGUUGUCAGUCUGUCCACUGACUGUGUUUGACAUUGCUUGUUUUCUUCUUUUCAUAGGACAACUACUACAGUGUGACGUUUGAGAGAGGCUACGUUGUCAUCCAUAGUAACCUGCUCCGAGAGCCGGCACGAAGCACUACCAAAGUCUUCCCAGUGGUAAGGCAGUUGGCGCUAGAUGGGUGGAAUAAUUUGUCUGUUCUAUCUUUUUGAUAUUUGGUUAUUUGUAGAUUUUGCAUUAUUUUGCUUAAAUAGUAACCCCUGAUUUUCCUUCUCUUAAGGUUGCAGAUUCAGCAGAAGUGUUGAUCAUCAUGGAGUCUAAAGGAAGCCAAGAGAUGAAGAUCCGUGUAGCAACCAAUGAGGUGGUCAAGGCUAAUGUUCAGUACACCCCUGGAGGCUUCACAGACUACUACAUCGGUGGCCUACCACAAGCCCUGAGAGAAAAGUGAGUGCUUACUAGGAACAUUAUUAUAAUGUUUGGCCCAUGUUUGGUAUUGCCAUUUUGAUAAUCAAACUCUGGCCAUGUUACAUGGCUGUUGAGUAAGUUUUAAAUCGUUAUUGGUAGUACACUGUUUCCCUAACCCUACACCAUACCAGAGUCUAAAUACAAUUGUGUUUUGUGUGUUCUCGCUCACAGACACAACAUCACCACCCAGCCACUGAAGGGCUGCAUGAAGAACGUCAAGCUCAACAGCAAGUACCCCACCUUCCAGGAAAAAGUUGGCAUCAGCCGGGGCUGUCCCAAGGACUUCCUGGUAAGUCUUCACUUUUCACUAAAGUUUUCAAAUGUGGUCAACACAGUAAGUCAGCGUUUGGGGUCAAUUUGAAUUGAAGGUAGCCAAUUCAGGAAGUGAUUUGAAUUUCAACUUACAUUUUUUUACAACUUUUGAAAUAAGUAGCUUUUACUUUUAAGUUUAUUGAUAAGUCAUUGAAAACGCCUUUUUUCAAUUAUUGAAUUCUCAUAUAAAAUCAAUACCAUGGCAUUACAUUUUUAUUUAUACCACUAUGAUAUUCACUUACUGGAAACUAUAAAUGAUAUGUCAGGAAGCCAUUUCUGUGUGUCCACUACUGUGUAUUUUGAUGCCACCUAGACGCUGCAAAUGACUCCAGUCCACUGUUAGUAACAGCAUGAUAAUGUCUCUGUGUUCCAGGCAUCUCGUAAAGCAGAGUUCAAUGUGGGCAGUUCUCUGUCAGCUGCUCUUAAAGGCUUCAGCCUGGCCAAUGAUGUCACAGUCUCACUGGGAUUCAAGAGCUCUGAGAAAGAGGGGCUUCUACUGCAGAACACCGAGUCGGUUAGUAGACUACACCACCUGUUUUUCUCUCUGUCUGUCUCUCUCUCUCUCUGACUCCCUCUCUCUCUCCCUCUUCCUUCCUUCAACAGUUGUUUUAACAGUUUAGCUUUCGGAUACAGCAAAUGUAAGUGGACUGACUGUUUGAAAUAAUCGUUAUCCUCCCCCUGGUCUCCGACAGAGCAUUGGUGCCAUCGAACUUGCCUUGGUCGACGGCUACGUGGUUCUGACAUUCAAAGACGAAGUUUGGAAAUCUUGGAAAUCAAGCAAGCAGUACCAGGAUGGCAAAUGGCAUUACCUGACUGCCACCAGAAGAGUGUCUCCUCAAAGGUAGAACAUCAAACAGAUGUCUAUGAAACCCACAUGUUCUGAAAAAAUUUAAAAUGUUAACUUUAUCCAGUUCCAUGAUGGAUUGGUGAUAAUUGAGACUUACUAUAGACAUGAUUGUUGUGACAGGACAGUACACACUCGCUAUACUGAUUGGUAACCCCUGACAAGAUACUGUAAGUACCAUAGAUGUGAAUGCAUGUCCUGUGUUGCCCUACAGUAUCGCGCUGCGGAUAGAUGAGGAUGAUAUGGGAGGGCAGAUAACCUUAGGCUCCUUCAGGUCAAACCCAGACUCUGUGUUCCUGGGGAAAGACACCUUCAAAGGCUGCCUCUCCAACCUCUAUUUGAGAAGGUAAACUCACAUCACUGUAUAUUAUUACAAUGUCUAACAUUAGUAACAACACAGCAGUAGUAAUAUUUAUUAUAUACAUAUGUAGAUAUCAUAAUGGCUGUUGUUGUAGUAGUUUUAUUUAUUCUACCUUUAUUGAAGCAGGGAGUCCUAUUGAGACCCUUUUGCAAAUGAACCCUGCAGAAUACAACAAAUACACAUCGAAUAUGAAAUGCAACCAAUAAAUAAUAACAUAGCAUAACUAGUAGAGGUUUAUUUUUGUAGGAAAGGUUUCAUGGUAGUUUUAAUGUUAACAUUAAACAUUUCAUAGUUCACAUUUCAUAGUGCACUGGUGUCCUGAUAUUGAUAUUAGAUACUAUCUUGGUUGUACCACCUCCUGAAAGUUGCUGUGUGUGUUGUGUUGUGUUGUGUUGCAGGCCUGAAUCUCUGUACAUAGCAGAAGACCUGAGUCAGUUCAGCUCUACAGGAGAUGUGCUGCUGGAUAUGUGCAAUGCUGACAGAUCUCCUCAACUGAUGCUUGAUCGCAACACCUCCAGGAAGGUGAGAAAUAACAUUGAACUCAGCUAGCCCAACCAACAAUGAUGAACUUACAAUAAUUACCUACCUAACUGAUGACUAUCCUUAUUACCAAAUAACUUUUUUGUAUGUUUUUUUGUAUGUUUUGUGUUUGUCACACCAAUCACAAUUGUAUUUAUUUGUCCUUGUCCUAAUGAUGGAACGAGACUUCAAUCCAAGUUUUCAAUAACACUGUACUAUGAUUACCUACUGUAGGAAUAAGCCAGUCGUUGGUGUCAGUUAUCACUUCAGCAUCUAUCCCAUACUUCCCAUGAAUGUUGUGUUGAUGAGUUGUUCACUGUGUUUUGUGCUGCUUUGUUUCCAGAGAUGAAGAGAAGGAUGACCUGCUGACUAAUGAGGACGAAUUGAUAUUGACAUGAGAGAUAUGAGCAUCUCACACAAUGUUUGCACAAGCCCAUUGCUAUUCUACUUGACUGAUAAAAACAUUACUGCAUGGACAAUCACAUCAUCAUGACUACUAUUAUUAAAUACAAACUAUUAAAAACAAUUAUUUAAUGAGCAUUGUUUCACUUUUGAUUUGUACACUGUUCUAUCUUAAGCAUGUUUCAUGACAAUAAACCACUUUUCUGACCAGUGAUUCACAAGCGUCUAUUAACCCACUCAUUCACUAUCAUCAUCAGUCCAUCAAUCCAUCUGGUAACAACCAGCCUGAUGUUAAGUCAUUGCCCUGCCCUCACUCCCUCUCUGCUCUCCCUAUUAACAAUGACUAGGACCAAUGAACUGAUGAAUGAUCUAUGGUCUGUACUGAGAUACAACAACUAUCAUAAUAGGAUAUACUUUCAUAAUAUUAUUAUACUAUGGAAUGACUGAGGGUGUCUUAUUGGAACGUUGCACAAGGAAUGAACAAUAUUAGUUAUGGCCUGUGAAUACCUGGAAUGUAUACUGGAACAUUACACUGGGAAUUUCAGAGUAUUGGGUAAAACAGUGCAUCAUUGUCAUGCAUAAGCAGUGUUAGAGUUUGUGUGUGCAUCAUUGUCAUGCAUUUCUUACUGUAUGCCAGAGGAGGCUGGUGUGGGGAGGACGGCUCAAUAAUGGCUCGAAUGGAGUGAAUGGAAUGGUAUCAAACACAUGGAAACCAGGUGUUUGAGAUCAUUCGAUUAAUUCUGUUCCAGCCAUUACUAUGAGCCUGUCCUUCCCAUUUUAAAGUGCCACCAGCCACCACUGACUGCUGUAUGCUCUCUCAAGCAUUUUUACCUGAGCACCUUGGCCUCUGUCUGUCCAAAUUAUCUGAUCUUCUAACAUUUACAUUUACAUUUACGUCAUUUAGCAGACGCUCUUAUCCAGAGCGACUUACAAAUUGGUGCAUUCCUACAAUAAAUCAACCACUAAGCUCAUUUAUCUCUUUCUUUGUGAACGCCUGUCAAAUCAAUGUCACUCUAAACACCUCAGCUCUGUUGAUUAAAACUAAUUAAUCGACUAACUCUUCCCAAUUAAAACAUGCAAUGACUAACAGAUUAGCACAACUGUAUGCUAGAAUUACAAUUACCCCCAUGAAUAAUAUAGGCUCCAUAAAUUAUUGGUGGAGUAUUUCAAAUGGUGCCAAGCGUGAGUGUCCUAUUUGGUUGUUUAUAAGCAAUUUCUUUAUAUGCAUUUUUAUUAAUGCAAAUACAGUACAUGCAAGCAUAUCUUAUAAUGAUUCUGUGUAUACUAAGAGCAUAUACAAGCACAAACAUGUUCAGAGGCAAUUAUGAUGAGGUAUCUUUCCCAAAGAAAGUAUGUCAUAUCAAAAGCCACACAUACUGGCCCCUACCCUCAUUCCUUCCCUCCCUACCACACCUAAACUGAAACAAAACAACAAAAUGACAGAUUGGGAAGUAUCAUGUCAUCUUUGUGGAGGAAACAUGACUUGUGAUACAUCUUACACAUCUUACAAAUGAGAAAUGAGGGGCAUUCAGCAGUUGAAACAAUAACAAUGGGCCACCCCGCCCCUAACAAACACUAUGGAUGCAAGGACUGACCAUCCAUAGUAUUAACGUUAUAGUUUUAACCAUGUUUUGAGGCUAUAUAGUAUUUGUUUACAUUUACUUUGUUUACAAAGCAUAUAUUUUGGGUUCUGAUGGGGUACGACAGUUGAACUAAGCACAUGAGGCAUUUAUUUGUUAUAUUCUUCAGUAAUCAAUGGGUACAUAUCAUGAAUUUAUAAAUCCAAAAAUGGAUAAAGUAAAGAAAUCAAUAUUGUAGUGAUACAGAUCGUGAUUCAUGAUUCAGUAAAGAGAUGCUGAUCAUGGGGAAAGUGUGAUGGAAUGUAUGCCUAUCAACAGAUUACUACUCAAAGCAGCUUUGACCCCCAAAUGGGAGCCAUCUUGAUCAGUUUCUAAUUCCCAGAGGCCUACAGUAGAUAAUAAGGGUGACUGAGGAAUGAGAAUGGGCUCAUACAUGUUAAUCGAGCACAGUGUCAUAUUCACCAAAGCUCUUUAUCCUCCAAAAUCUGUCUUUGCAUUUCAGAACCACAUUUCCAUUGACUAAGGCAAAUCCUGCCCCAGUGCUACGUUGGAGGUUAAUCCCAUACAUAUAUUUAAACCAUUUUCUCUAAUAUUGAGUUCCUGUUUCUCUGUGCCUGUGUGUGUUUUGUAUAGGAUGUUGGUAUGGAGGUGUCAGAUGACAGUCUCUCUGUGUGUGCACAUCCUGCCCUGGUCAAACAUGCUUACCACAUUGGGGGCACUGUGAGUAGCCUGAGCUACAGCUUCACUCCCCAGGCACUCCAGCCCAGGUGAGUAGACGCACACGCACGCUCACACUCUCUCUCUCUCUCUCUCUCUCUCUCUCUGGCCUGACUCCCCUCUCUCUCUCUAUCUCUCUCUCUCUCUCUCUCUGGCCUGACUCCUGUCUCUUUCCUCCACUAGACCUCAUUUCUCCCUGGACGUGAGGACCAAGUCUGCCAAAGGCCUGCUGUUCUAUGCAGCCACCAGAGGGGGGAGCUCUCACAUGGCUCUCUACCUGUCCAAGGGCAGGAUCAGACUGUCAGUAGACAAGAGGAGGGAGAUCUUCAACAGGGAGAAGUACAACGAUGGAAAGUGGCACUCGGUCAGUGGGUUACAAUCUAAGACAAUCUGCACUCAGUAAUGUUGUUUCACAUCAUACAUUCACAAACAGUUGUUUGCAGUAGUUCAGUAGUUUAUCAAUGUUUCAUGAGAGAAAAGUUUUUUUGGGAAACUUACCAAAUCACUCUGUGGCACUACAAUCAGUUAGUGACAGGGAUGUGCAUUGAUUUGUCCUUUGUGGUGACCUCACCUCUGCAGGUAAUAUUCAGCCUAGAGAAGAAGAAGUUCAGGUUGGUAGUGGACGGUAUCAGGGCUCAAGAUGGACAGCUGACCAGUGAUGAGGCCACCUCCAAGGAAUUGAUCUCUCCUCUUUACAUGGGAAGUGCUCCUGAUUCCUUGAACAAAGAACUGAAGGUAGCCAACACACAUACACCAGUGGAGGCUGGUGGGAGGAGCUAUAGGAGGACCAGCUCAUUUUAAUGGAUGGAAUGCUAUCAAAGGAACAGAAUCAUACGUGGUUUCAAUAUACAUUUUAGUCAAUUAGCAGACGCUCUUAUCCAGAGCGACUUACAGUUAGUGAGUGCCUACAUUAUGUUUUUCAUACUGGCCCCCCUUGGGAAUCGAACCCACAACCCUGGCAUUGAAAACGCCAUGCUCUAUCAACUGAGCUACAUCCCUGCCGGCCAUUCCCUCCCCUACCCUGGACGAUGCUGGGCCAAUUAUUCGCCGCCCCAUGGGUCUCCCGGUCGCGGCCGGCUACGACAGAGCCUGGAUUCAAACCAGGAUCUCUAGUGGCACAGCUAGCACUGCGAUGCAGUGCCUUAGACCACUGCGCCACUCGGGAGGUUAUGUUAGAUGCUGUUCCAUUUAUUCCAUUCCAACCAUUCCAAUGAGCCUGUCCUUCUAUAGCUCCUCCCACCAGCCUCCACUGAUGGAUACACACGCACACACAGACACAGACACAAACACAAACACACAUACAGUUGGCUACUGGACAGUAUACACUCACACCCCAAAAUUGUAUUGUAUUUUCUCUUUACUUUCAGUGGAAGCUCCUCCCAAGGCUAAGUGUGAUUGGCUGUGUGCGUAACUUCAAGAUGAAUGGCACUCCCAUGCCAGAGCCAACCAUGAAUCAUGGUGCUGGUCCCUGCUUUGACGGACAGGCACAGAGUGGGGCCUACUUCUCAGGGAGAGGGGCAUAUGUCAUUAUCAGUGAGUAGAAAACAAAAUAUUGAGAUUGGUAAUAUGGUGCAUGAUAAUCUCUAUUAACCCAGAAGUAAAAUCUUGAAUAAUUUGGUCAGCUGCGUGAUUAACUUAUGUGUUCAUACAUGUUAGAAAUUGAGAGUUCCUGCAAAAAAGAAGUCUCCACCCUCGCAAAAGAAAAAUCUCAGCCAAAGCCCCCCAUCCAAUCCGUGUGGGCACAUACAUGAAGCACUCGAGGCGAAGCAGUUUAACCACUGCCUUCGCCCAAUUCUGAUAUGUCCAAAUAACCAGUGACGAAAACCCCACAACUGGAACUAAUGCAGCUCGUUAUUUCACACAUCCCAUUCAGUCCCGUCAGAUUCUUCGGUCUACACGCAGAAUCUUCCCACGGGAGAUUAGGUGCACGAUGAAGAUGAUAAUCACAACAAUGAUGAGGCUGAUGAUGAUGAUCAGAUGAUGAUGAUGAUGUCUUUUCCAGAUGAUUCCUUUGUGGUGGGCUCCAGCUUCGAGGUGGUGUUUGACAUCCGUCCCAGGAGUCUGACUGGUGUUCUGCUCCAUGCGGGGGACUCCAGCAGGCCUCGCCGUGGGCCCAACGCUGGACACCACCUCAGCCUCUACAUGCACAGAGGAGAGGUGAGCCUGCCCUGGGCUGUGUGGACUGGGCCAGUCACAGCCUUGAAAUUGUUUCCUUGACACAUGAUUCCUUGAACUAGUUUGACCUCUCAAGUGCUAGAUUUGACCUUUCAAGCUGACCUUUCAGACCUCUCAAGGGUUACAUUUGACUUUCAAAUAAUUUAAACAUGAUUCCAGUUCAGGCUGAUUUUAGGCUGAGUUUCCUUGCAGACACAUACUGGUGCCUGAGCAGCCAUAAAUAUGUUGUGCAGUGUUGUGAUGCACAUGUGUUUCUCCAGGUGGUGGCACGGGUGAACAAUGGAGCUGGUGAAUUCAACGUGUCCGUCCGGCCCAAGCAGCCCUUGUGUGACGGAAUGUUCCACAGAGUUGCUGGUACAACUUUUGUUAUAACAUUUUAUAACUUGCCCAUACCCAACUAGCUAGCUACAAAUUAAUGAUAAUAAGUGUCUUUAAUACGUAAUAAGUGACGCCCAUGGGGAAUGUGUGUGUGUGUGUUUCUCACAUCAGUGAUCAAGAGGAACAACGUUGUGGAGAUGCAUGUGGACACCGAGGGUGACCACAAAAUAGGACCGUCCUCCUCGUCCUCUACUCUAACCAAAGACCCUCUCUAUGUGGGCGGCAUU